GAGUGGCUGCUUGGGAGGGGCCGUCCGGGUGGUCGGAUUGGCACCUGAGCGGCCACCGCGUCCCGGCCAGGCGGGCAGACCGACCCCCUCCGCACCCCGGGCGCAGCUGGCGCAGGCAGGGCGCCCUGCCGCUCCUGGGAACCAUCAAGUGCUGGCUGGGGGAAGCAGGGACGGGACGGAAGCAGGCGGUGUGAGGACCAACGACGCGGGCAUGGCGGGGGCGGCCUGCGAGCCGGUGGCCAGGCCGAGCCUGACCUCCAUCUCGUCUGGGGAGCUGCGCAGCCUGUGGACCUGCGACUGCGAGCUGGCCCUGCUGCCGCUGGCACAGCUGUUGCGCCUGCAGCCGGGUGCCUUCCAGCUGCGCGGUGACCAGCUAGUGGUGGCCGGGCCCGGGGAGCCGGCGGCGCGGGGGGGCUUCAACGUCUUCGGCGACGGCCUCGUGCGCCUGGACGGGCAGCUCUACCGCCUCAGCAGCUACAUCAAGAGGUAUGUGGAACUGACCAACUACUGUGAUUAUAAAGACUACAGGGAAACUAUACUGAGCAAACCAAUGUUGUUCUUUAUUAAUGUACAGACCAAAAAAGACACCUCAAAAGAAAGGACAUAUGCGUUUCUUGUGAACACAAGGCACCCCAAGAUAAGAAGACAGAUAGAGCAAGGGAUGGACAUGGUCAUCUCCUCAGUGAUUGGAGAAAGUUACCGGCUUCAGUUUGAUUUUCAAGAGGCAGUGAAGAAUUUCUUCCCCCCAGGAAAUGAAGUGGUUAAUGGAGAAAACUUAAGCUUUGCAUAUGAAUUCAAAGCUGACGCAUUAUUUGAUUUCUUCUAUUGGUUUGGGCUCAGUAAUUCCAUUGUAAAAGUAAAUGGAAAGGUUCUGAAUUUGUCAAGUACAAGUCCAGAAAAGAAGGAGACGAUUAAGUUAUUUCUGGAAAAAAUGAGUGAGCCUUUAAUCCGAAGGAGCAGUUUCUCGGACCGAAAGUUCAGUGUAACUUCCAGAGGUUCAAUAGAUGACGUUUUUAACUGCAAUCUGUCACCCAGAUCGUCUCUGACAGAGCCUCUUUUGGCAGAAUUACCAUUUCCAAGUGUUCUGGAAUCUGAAGAGACACCCAACCAAUUUAUCUGAUUGGACUGAAUAUUCUAGCAGUUGCUCCUACACUCCAGGCUUGUGCUAGACUAUGAGCUUGGGGGAGGGUAGGAGGUGGG